AUGAAUGUUCAGAGUGGCGUGCUGAACUGGCUGUCUAAUAGUUUCGUGAGUGCCCUGCCACAGCCUACCGGAAGCCCGAACCUCCACAGAGCCAACAUCUCCGAGGCCAAGUCACCUCAAGAUGAGGAUUCAGACAGAUCAGGAGUCAUUGGCUGGAUCUCAGGGGGAAUUGGGAAGGUCGUACCGCAGCCAGAGACCAAAUACGCAGAGAAGAGUGAGAAACCUGAAGAAGAAGAUACAGAGGUUUACGAUAUUGAAGAACUUCCAGAUGCAGAGCCUCUUCCUAAUGUUCCAGUGGUGGAGAUGGUCUCGGAGGACGAGGUGUCUGAAGUGCAGCAUUCUUCUCAGUUCCCUCCCGGAAUGGUGCAGUGGAUAAAGACUGGUUUCCAGAACGCACUGCCGUACCACAUGCCCCGCCCACCAGACCACCAAGCAAAUGGCUCCCAAAGAUCAUCACGCUGCUCAGAUAAAGUGUUCUCACCUCCUCCUGAAUCAGUAACCAGCCUGACAGAGGUUGACACAAAAGUCAACAUGAUGGGGUGGAUUGUUCACGGUCUCGGCCUGGCCUUGCCCCAGCCUGUUAUAAGGAGCAAGGAGGAUUAUGGGGGGGUGGCAGAAAAGGUUGCGCAACACGCUGUCCACUCCAGGCCAACUUCCACAGACCUGGUCCUCGAGGAAGUUGACUCAGAUGAUGACCAGGACCAGAACCAGAACCAGGAGAACAGAUCUGAGCAGCCAUCUUCCCCAAAACAAGCAGAGCCAGAGGAGCGGUCAGAUCCAGAAGCCACAAGUCCCUCAGCACCAGCGUCAUGCCUGAAGCAGGAAGACGCUGAGACACAAACCGGACGAUGGACACCCUUCAUCGAGAGCAUCAAGAGAGAGGCGGAGGACAGCGCCAUGGCAACUAUGGAGGAACGAUUGCGUGAGGAGCGUUUGGAGAUGGCGAGGAUGGCCGAGGAGGUGGCGAGACACGCAGCGGAGGUGACUGUCAGAGAGCUGGCUGGAGCCCGAGUGACCGUACACACACCCAUUCUGGAGGAGGAGGAAGAGGCCGAGCCAGAGUUACAGGAGCUGCAGGAUGAGGAGAAAGAAGCAGAAAUUUUACACAGUGAAAGCACAGAGUGUCAGGAACUAUCUCCAGUUGAGAAGUUCAUCCAGGAGGUUGAAGAGCCAGCAGAAGGUCCAGAAGAGACAGAGGAAGAAGUAGAGGAUGCAGAUUCGCCUGGUGUAGAAGAGCCAAACCUUCCUUCUCCUGAGCCGAAGAUUUUGACAGCAGAUCAACCUGUUUCUCCUGAACCUUUUAGACCAGAACCUGUUCCAGCUGAAGAGCCAGAGGAACCAGAGGAAGAGGAGUCUGGUAGCUCAUCAGAGGCUGAAUCAGAGCCAGAUCCAGUCACUCAGCAGCCAAAGUCGUGUGACGGAGCCAGCGUGAAGCAGAACGUCACCCAGGAUGAAGGCACAUUAGCUGAGGAGGAAACUUGUGUUCCCUCCAGAUGUGACGCGUUGAAGGCCUGCCUUAUGCGCGUUCCCUGCGCUCCAGUGUGCCUCAACCGCUUCAACCAGCUGCUGAAUGAGAACAAUAUCACCCUGCCCCAAGUGCCCCCCAUACCUAAACUGCCCUCUCGACUAUCCCAGAUCACCCAGCAGUUCCCCCCAUUGCCAACCAGACUCAACCAGCUACAUCAACAAAUCACUCAUUUUCCCCAGCAGAUUUCCCAGCGUGUACCCAAGCUUCCUGAGCACUUCCCUUCCUUCUCCUGGAAACUUCCUACUUUCCCUGAAAGAUUUUCCUGCAGGUUUCCCCACGGACUUCCCAAACGUCCACAGAAGCUGCCUGAUUUUUCACAACACUUCUCCAACUUCCCUCAGCACUUAUCCAAUAUUCCACAUCAUCUAUCCAAUCUUCCUCAGCACUUGUCCAGCGUUCCUCGGCAGUGGUACACAACUGUUCAGAAUCGUCUGAGCAGCAUCAGACCUCAAAACGAUGCUAAACCUCAGCAGCAGCCGCAGCAGCAGAGUCGGGACCUGGAGCUGGACCGUCUGGUCCGCCAGUCCCCCCUCCACAUCUCCCGUACCCCGUCCCCUUCCUCGCCCAGCUCCAUUCUGGACUUGCCCAAUGUGCCCUUCUAUCCCCGUCUGCCCCCCAUCAGCCCAUCACGCCAACUCUCAGGCCUCUCCAACCCCAUCUUUAAUGCCGAGGAUGAACUCAACUCUGCUAGACCUUCAGCUAGCUCCAGAUUGAGCAUUCACCCAGCAGUAAAUGUGGAAGAUAUAGACUCAGAAAAUGAGCAGUGUGGGAGAACUUCCCACCACAUGCCCCAGAUCAUCACCCCACAAGACCCCAACCUCAAAACCCUCACCGUGCCUGGACCAUCCAAAUCGAGCAGAACCAGAAAGAAGCUGUACUCUUCAGGAGAUGAGGAAGAUGAGGAGCUGGAGACGCAAGUCAGGGCCUGGCCGAGCCAAAGCAGCAUCACGAGUGCUGAUGACGCGCUGAAGGAGCGUCCGUCAUCAGCCGCAAGCCAGGCCAGCACGAUGGUGAACGAGCGUCUGCAAGAGCUGGUCAAACUGUUUAAAGAGAGGACAGAACGCGCCAAGGAGAAACUCAUCGAUCCUGACGACUUGGAUGAGGACACACCACCUGCCACUCCUGCAGCGCCUCCUCCUGAGCCUCCGAAGGGACCAGCACCUGUUGAGGAGGGUCAGGCCGCUCCUACUGCGGAGGAGGAAGUUGAAAAGGAAGAGUAUACCAAGCUACUGUGCUUCAAGGUGAAGCCUCAGUCCAGGAUCAGGCGCCUGCUUCAGUACCGCUUCCCAGCCAGCAUCGACCCGUUCACCAAUCUGGGCUACGUCCUGUGGCUCUUUUUUGUCACUUUGGCCUGGAACUGGAACGUGUGGAUGAUCCCAGUGCGCUGGGCUUUCCUCUGUGAUGUCAACGGCUCCCUUUACGCAUGGCUGAUAGCUGACUACCUGUGCGACGCCAUCUAUAUCUUGGACAUCCUGCUGUUCCAGCCACGCCUGCAGUUCAUCCGCGGCGGCGAUAUUAUUAGCGACAAGAAGGAAAUGAGAGCCAAUUACAUGAAAGAUCUGCGAUUUAAGCUGGAUGUGGUCAGUCUUCUUCCCCUGGAGCUCUUCUAUCUCCUAGAUGGGGUCAAACCUCUCCUCCGCUGCCCACGGAUACUGAAGAUCUUGUCUUUCUUUGAGUUUAACGCGCGACUGGAGGCCAUUUUGACCAAAGCCUAUGUCUACAGAGUCAUUCGUACCACCAGCUACCUCCUGUACUCCAUCCAUGUUAAUGCCUGUCUCUAUUACUGGAUGUCGUCCGUACGAGGCCUCGGAGCUACCACCUGGGUAUACAACGGAGAGGGCAAUGCAUACAUCCGGUGUUUCUACUUUGCUGUAAAGACUCUGAUCACUAUCGGUGGACUGCCGGAACCGACCGCACUCGAAGAGUAUAUUUUUCAGCUCAUCAACUACUUUAUCGGCGUAUUCGCCUUCUCCAUCAUGAUUGGACAGAUGAGAGACGUGGUGGGCGCUGCGACAGCUGAUCAGACACACUACCGCUCUUGCAUGGACAGCACAGUGAAGUACAUGGGCUCUAACCGCAUCCCCAAAGACGUGCAGAACCGGGUGAAGACCUGGUACAACUACACGUGGCAGUCUCAGGGCAUGCUGAACGAAGAGGAAUUGCUUGUGCAGUUGCCUGACAAGAUGAGGCUUGAUAUAGCAGUGGAUGUGAAUUACUCAAUUGUCAGCAAAGUGCCACUGUUUGAGGGCUGUGACAGGCAGAUGAUCUAUGACAUGCUGAAAAGGCUCAGAUCAGUCGUGUACCUUCCCGGAGACUACGUCUGCAAAAAGGGUGAAGUAGGUCGAGAGAUGUACAUCAUAAAGUCAGGAGCGGUUCAGGUGGUUGGCGGACCAGACGGAAAAACUAUAUUUGUGACGCUGAAAGCAGGAUCUGUGUUUGGUGAAAUCAGCUUGUUAGCGGUGGGAGGUGGAAACCGGCGAACUGCCAACGUCAUAGCGCACGGCUUUGCUAAUCUCUUCAUCUUGGAAAAGAAGGGCCUCAACGAAAUCCUUGUGCACUAUCCUGAGUCCCAGAAACUGCUGCGCAAGAAAGCAAAGAAGAUGCUGGCAGAUAAGAAGCCGGAGAAAAAGAAAGAGGAGGAGAAGGAGCCAGUGCGGGUGAUUCCUGCGCGGACAGAAACCCCUAAACUGUUAAAGGCCGCGCUGGAAAUGACUGAGAAAACGGGCCUGCGAGGCACAAUGGCCAAGCUGAAGAGAAAAAAGAAUAACAAGUCCUGUGUUUCAUUGCAGCCAUCUGUCUCUUCCUCAGUGCUACCUGGCUCUCCGAUCGAGAGGCAGCACUCGGAGCGAGAGGCCGAUGUUCUCUCGCAGAUCUCGGACAGCAGUGUACAAGGACCUCCCAUCAGCCCCUCCGGCCACAAAGAGGAGAGCCGCUCAGUGCGGGAAGGACCAGCGCUAAACCAGAGAAUGAUAGUGGGGAAGGACAAGACGGAUGAGUAACCCGGAAGAGUAUUAGGUGAUGAGGUAACAAAGGUAUGAAGGGGUCAACUGGGUCAUUUUCCAUCUUCAUUUUCCUGUAGAGAGAGUCUGGGUGGAUUAAUAUACUGUAUAAUGAUAUAAAAAUGUCAUCUUUCACUUAAAAAAACACUUGGUCUAUAUUUAACUGCUGGGAUUAAAUCUUUUAACCCAUGAGAUCAUUUAGGUAUCAGGUAAGAAGGGCAUCUUCACAUGAAACAUGAUUUGUACUGUGUUCAUAUUGCUUUGUUUUAAGAAAGGGCUCAAGAGACCAAUCAACUUAAUUCCAUAAAUAAGGCCAAGGUUGGAGUUGGUUUUAUUCCAGGUUUUUAUUUCAGAUUUUCAGGCAUGUGAAUACCAAAAUACAUAUUUUCCAAAGUACACUUUUUGUGUUUGUUCAUGUUAUAUUAUAUUAUAUUAUAUACAAAUGAGUGCAAAAGUUUGUGCACCUUCAGGAACUGAAUAGGACAAAAAGUAAUAAUUUGUAGCAGCAAAAAAAAUUUAGUAUAUAUUAUGAUAUUAGUAGUGGUAAAUCCUCUAACGCUCACCUCUCAGCAUUAUAUUUGUUCUUUAAGUCCUUAAAUUUUGUACGAAUUGUCCCCCAAAGCACGUUCCAUGUGAUGCCACUGCUUUAUAUCUGUAAUACUUUUGAAUAUUUGAUCUGUGUUUUCCUUGAAAGGUCAUUGUUAAGGUAAUAGGUGUCAAAUGUCUCACUCAUAAAGCUGAAUUGUCCAUGAAAGAAUUGUUUCAUUAAAGUAAAACACAAGUGUGUGUGGAGUUAAUAGAUCUGGCAAUCAUGGGUGUAUGGUGAGAGAGAACAAAUUUAUAAUUAUAUAAUUUAAUGCAAAUUAUUUUCACAAAUUUAUCAUUUGUAUCAUCUCCAGUUCAGUUCAGUUGAGACCCAGUGUGAUCGUUAGUGACCUCUAUGAUGAUUUAACACACAGACUUAACACACAGACUUUACAGCGUGCCUGCACACUGUCAUUAUUCCCUUUUUCCUCACUGCUGGCUUUACCUUCGGAGUUAAAAAUAUAAUUCCAGUCCAUAUAUAGUGCACCGCUUUAAUAUAUUUUGCUAGAUUUAUUUAUAUAGUCCAGUCUUCAGGUUUAAACUCUGUCUGUCUGCGAAAUGUCCCACCAUGUGCCUUAAUGAGCCCCAGUCAUUGUCACGUUCCCUGCAUACUUUCACAUCCUCCUUAAAAGAACACCACGACCAAAAAUUACACACAUACCAUAGUCUGAAUUCAUUCCCUAUUCACCUCCUAGUGCACAAAUUGGGCUGCAGCCGUUUUGUAACGUUUUCCGAAUUCUUAUUGGAGAUGGAUGAUAUCAGGGAUGGACAAAUCUAUAGUCUGGGAACUUGGAACAAACAGAUUUCAUAUCCAGGCCAUUAGUUUUUUUCUAGUUGCCCCAUGGAUAUGUACUACAUGUUCAACAACCAGUGAAAGAAAAAAAAUCUACUCCUUAUUGACAUUUGCUUUUUCUUAUCAUUUGGUAUGUAGCUACAUUUAAACUUAAUGUGCUUCACAAUAGUGUGACACACCACAGUGCUGUUCAUAUACUCGUUUGUUUCCCUAAUUAUUGUCUGUAUUAAUGCACCUAAUACACCUAGCUCACAUGCUCAUAAUACAUUACUACACUGCAUUAGCUACACUGAAACUUCCACUUGCCCGAUUAAUGUUGUACUGGGGAAUAUUGUGAAUCACAGUUUUUUUUAAGGUCUCUUUAAAAUUUGAUGAUUCUUACAGGGUUAGGACACUUUUUUAAGAACAAGCUGCACGUUUAAGGACAGUCACAGCUGAAUGAAGGCCUGAGACAGAGCGCACUUGGAAAACAUUUUCACAUCUAAUUCACUCAUUGAGGAGGAAUGAUGAACGCUCACUGAGGUGUGAACCUCGAGCAGACUUUCCUACUUUAUAACAUCCAGAUGUUGAGGAAAAACAGGGCUGGGUGUUACUGAUAUAUUAGUUUGACAGACUGUCGUUAAUAAGAGAGAAAUAUGUACAAGGGUUUUAUAACGAGGAACAGAUGGUGGAAAUGUUUUAAAAUGAAAUAUCCCAAGCAGUUGCCUUCUUUUUUCACACCUACUUUUGGUAAAUUUAUUAAUUAAUAAAUUAAUUUAUUUAUUUAGUUGUUUUUGUUGCUUGUGAGAACAUUGUAGAUAUAUGAAGUCAAACUUUUUUUUAAUCAUACACUGCAAAAAAAUAUAGUUCAGCAAAUAAAAAUAUCUGGAAUAUAGGCAAAUUCAACUAAUACUUUCUUUAUUAGAUUCAUUUUCCAAAAAAAAAAAAAAAAAAAAGUAUUAAGCCUAUGCUCUUAUUCUGUUGGUAGAUAAUUUUACUUAUUUAAUGUGUUUAUUUCCAGAAAGCCUGAAAUGAGGAAAUAUAUCUAGAAAUAGGCUUAAUGUUCUUCUAUUUGACAAAUAAUAAUCUCAUAGUGAGAAAUAUUAUCCAGGACAUCUUGCUGAGAUAUGCUAUCAAUUUUUGCAGUGUAGACAGCAGUAUGUGCAGAUAUGCUUAUUUCCAAUUAGUUAUAUUAUUUCGUAGAAUAUUUUUGAGACAAAAAAACAUUUUCACUGUCAUUUUUAAACCUGGUUGUAAAUAUUAUAUAGUAAUGUAUUACAUAUCUUUAAUUAUGUCUGAUUUCGUGAAGUGAUUAUUUAAUUCUGUAGUCAUUUGUGAUCUACAAGGAAAUAUUUUUUAUAUUCUGCAAGAAAAGUGUAUAUCUCACUCUGUGGAUGGUACAUAGAUUAAACGCAUCCAACCAGCAACGUACACUGCCUCAAAUGUAGAUAUUAUUAAUAAUCAUGAAUGACAUAUUAGGACAACUCUGUGUCUGAACACACUAUUUUUGUCACUAAACUUCUCAUUAUGUAAUGAAUUUGUCAUCUGUAUUUCAAUAAAUUGUGGUUAUUACAUUAAA